AGGAAAAAGGGAAACGAAACUUAAAAAAACGGACAUCAAUCAAUCAGUGAUAUAUAAAUAAACCCAGCACCUCUGCACCUGGCAUACCUCUCCUCAUUCGUCGGCACAGACUCUUUUCUCCGUUUCUUCACCUCUCCUCUCUGCUUGUCCUCCUUCUUCUUCUUCUUCUUCUUCUUCAUUCAAUCUCUCAGAUCUGUUCUCUUUCCUCUUCUCACCUUUAUUUUCUUCUCUCUUUUCAAUCACUUUGCAACUCUGAAACAUAAGACUUGACUUACGUAAGCAAUAUAAAAGAUGGUGAAGAAACUGAAGAUUUGCUGCAUUGGUGCCGGCUAUGUUGGUGGGCCUACAAUGGCUGUGAUUGCACUCAAGUGCCCUGAAAUUGAAGUUGCUGUUGUGGACAUAUCUGUCCCUAGGAUCAAUGCUUGGAACAGCGAACAGCUCCCCAUCUACGAACCUGGUUUGGAUGAUGUAGUGAAGCAUUGCAGAGGGAAGAACCUCUUCUUUUCCACUGAAGUGGAAAAGCAUGUUUGUGAGGCUGAUAUUGUCUUUGUUUCUGUCAACACCCCUACCAAAACUCGGGGUCUUGGAGCCGGAAAAGCAGCUGAUUUGACCUACUGGGAGAGUGCUGCCCGAAUGAUUGCUGACGUGUCCAAGUCAAGCAAAAUCGUUGUUGAAAAAUCAACUGUCCCUGUUAAAACAGCUGAGGCCAUAGAGAAGAUCCUGUCACACAAUAGCAAAGGCAUCAAUUUCCAGAUCCUGUCAAACCCAGAAUUCCUUGCUGAGGGAACUGCCAUUGAGGAUCUUUUCAAACCUGACAGGGUUCUUAUCGGAGGACGAGAAACCCCCGAAGGUGCUAAGGCAGUCAAAACACUGAAAGAUGUUUAUGCUCAUUGGGUUCCUGAAGAUCGAAUAAUUUGCACCAAUCUGUGGUCAGCUGAGCUCUCAAAACUUGCUGCAAAUGCUUUCUUGGCUCAGAGGAUAUCCUCUGUGAAUGCCAUGUCAGCACUUUGUGAGGCAACUGGAGCUGAUGUGACAGAAGUAUCUCAUGCUGUUGGUAAGGACACGAGAAUUGGAUCGAAGUUCCUGAAUGCUAGUGUAGGGUUUGGUGGGUCUUGCUUCCAGAAGGAUAUAUUGAACUUGGUUUACAUAUGUGAAUGCAAUGGACUACCAGAAGUGGCUCACUACUGGAAACAGGUAAUCUUGAUGAAUGAUUACCAGAAGACACGUUUUGUUAACAGGGUAGUUGCUUCAAUGUUUAACACAGUAGCAAACAAGAAGGUGGCUAUACUUGGAUUUGCAUUCAAGAAAGACACAGGUGACACUAGGGAAACACCAGCAAUUGAUGUAUGCAAGGGGCUAUUGGGUGACAAAGCAAAGUUGAGCAUAUAUGAUCCACAAGUAUCAGAAGAUCAGAUAAGGAAGGAUCUAUCAAUGAAUAAGUUUGAUUGGGAUCAUCCAGCUCAUCUUCAGCAACCUUCAAGCCCAACUGCAAUAAAAAAGCAGCUUAGUGUUGUAUGGGAUGCUUAUGAAGCAACUAAGGAUGCUCAUGCUGUUUGCAUUCUAACAGAGUGGGAUGAAUUCAGAAACCUUGAUUACCAGAAGAUGUUUGACAACAUGCAGAAGCCUGCAUUUGUGUUUGAUGGCAGGAAUAUCGUCGAUGCAGAGAAGCUCAGGAGCAUCGGUUUUAUUGUCUACUCCAUUGGUAAGCCGCUUGAUGCUUGGCUUAAGGACAUGCCUGCCGUAGCUUAAAAACAAAAGUAAUUCUUUAUUGGCUUUCUCAGAGUCUUAUUAGUAUGGGGUCGUAUCGUAGAACAGGAAGAUUUUGAUGUUCUAUAUGUUAUGGUUUUUUUUUAUUAGCUUCUCUAUCGUAUCUGUGUUGGCGGUUUACCGUUAAAUUUAAAAAUGUACUCUGGGAUCACAGUAUUGUAUGUAGUUCAGAAUCUGAAAUUUGUUAUUUAGUUCUGCUAGUCAUGAUAUUAAUAAAUUUAAGCUCUAGUUGAAUUUAAUAUAAUCAGGGUUUGACCUGGUUUUUUCUUUA